AUGGGCGUGGACUAUUAUAAGGUGCUUGGCGUCAGCCGAAACGCCAAGCCGAAUGAGAUCAAGAAAGCAUACCACCAGCUCGCCCUCAAGUAUCACCCAGACAAGAACACUGACAACCGUGAAAAGGCAGAGCGCAAGUUCAAAGAGGUGAGCGAGGCGUAUGACGUGCUCAGUGACGAGAAAAAGAAGAAGAUCUACGACCUCUAUGGCGAAGAGGGCUUGAAGGGUGGAGUGCCGGAGGACGGUGGUGCCGGUAUGGGCGGCGCUGGCAUGCCAACAGGUGGUAUGCCAGGCGGCUUCCACGGCACCACGUACCACUUCUCCAGCACCGAUGCCUUCAAGAUCUUUAAUCAGUUCUUCGGCUCGUCGGACCCGUUUGCGGGGGGUGAGGCCUUUGGCGGUGGUGGUCCUGGUCUCCAUCGCGUUUUCCGCGGCUACGGCGGCCCGGAAGGAUUCACCACGGGCUUUGGCACCCCACAGGCAUCUCCGACGUGCGACGUGCCACCGAUGGAGUAUACGUUUGCGUGCACGCUGGAGGAAAUCUACACUGGCUGCACAAAGAAGUUCAGCGUAUCCCGCAACAUGCCAUCUGGAGCAGAGAAGAAAAUGUUCGAGGUGAAGGUGCUUCCCGGGUACAAAAAAGGCACGAAGAUCCGCUUUGAGCGCGAGGGCGGGCGGGUGGAGGGGUACCCGCCAAACGUGCUGGCAGACAUGGUCUUUAUCUUGGAUGAGCGGCCACACCCACGGUUUGAGCGACGUAACGCUGAUCUCCACACCACGUUGCACAUCAAUCUCAAACAGGCUCUGCUUGGCAGCACAGUAUUCGUGAAGGGCAUCGACGGCCAGACGAUCUCCUUGCCUCUUAAUGGCGUCAGCAAAAGUGGUCGCAAGCUGCGCGUGUCGGGAUCUGGCUUGCCGGAUCGCAAGACGAACCGCAAAGGCGAUUUGUACGUGACCAUUGCAGUUGAUUUUCCCGACGUGUUGACCGAAGACACGAAACGCUUGAUUGAGCAGUGCAAAUUCUAG